AUGUCGAGACUAUACGAUGCCCUCGAAACCCUCGGCAGCGGUUCGCCCGUCCCUUUCGCCGACAUCCCCAUGGAUGACCUCCCCACCUACCUCCGCCAAGUUUUUGAGGAUGCCGAGCUCAUAGGGAACUCCGUGCCACCGCCGCCAGGAGGCCAACCGUCGACGGAUUCUACACUCUCCCGGGCCGAUCCCGAUCCAGCGACGAGCGCGGCAGGGAUGACGGUCUCCUCUGUGCGGCCGCCCCCCCCGGCGCCGGAGGUCAAGGAGCUGUGGGAGAAGUGGGGAAAACCGCUGAAGGUCUCGGCGGGGAGUAACGUACUAGGGAUAUCGGUAUAUAAGAUGGCGGCACAUGACCGGCAUGGGGCAUGGUUUGGGCGGAGGAGUAUACAUGAGGGGCUCAGCUUCGACCAUUGGAUGAGGGCGAUGAAGAAGGAAUUCAAAACGAGCUUGGCGGUGGAAGGGGGGCCAGGAUCCGGGGCUGUCAGAGGCAUUGGAGCGGAUCAGUUGUUGGAGAGGAAGUUGGUUAAGGGCAUAGGGAGAAUGGAAGUGUGUCUUCUUUCAGCGCAGUUCCCCGGACCAACCUCUCCUCGCGACUUUGUAACCCUCCUUCUUACCACCUCCUCCGACGAGCAGACACCACCGAUCGACACCACCGGUCGGACUUACAUGCUUGUGUCCAUUCCCGUCGACCAUCCGCAAGCGGCGCCCCGACAAGGGUUGAUCCGAGGCCACUACGAAUCCGUGGAGAUCAUCCGCGAGAUUCCCCUCACCGCCCACAAAUCUCAAUCCGACUCUGAACUUCAACAUCCCUCAGAGCAGGGUAGCGCGCGCGGAAGACAACGGGCUAACCGGAACCCCGUGGAGUGGAUCAUGAUCACACGGUCGGAUCCCGGGGGCGGAAUCCCGCGAUUUAUGGUGGAACGAGGGACCCCUGGCUCCAUCACACAGGACGCAACAAAGUUUGUGGACUGGGCAUGUGGGCUGAAGGAGGAGGAUCUUCCAGAGCCAGUGUCGGAUGAUGAAGAAAUGGAGACGGAAGCUCUUGUGGAACGAGAAGUGGAUGGUGGUGUGCCUUUGAAAGAGAAUGCGGAGGUGGAGAGACCAGCGAAGGAGGAUCACACAGACGAAACACCCAGCGAUGAAAGAGGAAUCCUGUCAUCCAUAUCAAGCCAAAUCGAAGGAAGUCUAGCGCAACUGACGCCACAUGCGCAAAAGUUCUUGUUCCCCAACGUCGACGAAGACUCUAGCGACACCGACUCCACCAGCCUCGAGAGCUUCGCCAGCGCCGAACAAUGGACCACAGCAAACGAGCAGCGUCAAUCAUCCCUUGCUCAAGCACUCGAAGAAGGAGACCUGGGCGGCUCCCAACGCUCCAGCCUGGGGAGCACCCCUCCCGAGGGGACUCACAAUCCGACUGACGAAGCCGACAAAGAGGAGGCGCGCCUCCGGCUCAAGCACGCCAAGGAACUCGAGAAGCUGGAGCAGAAGCGCAAAGAAAUUGACGCCAAGCGCCUCAGCUCCGAAUCGCAGCUCCGCGACCCGCCGGCCGACCACCCCGGCAAAGCGAAAGAGGCCGCUGAGAAAGAGGCGAAGGAGCUCGCGCGGGCGCAGGAGCGGCACGACCGCGAGGUGGCGAAGCAGGCGGCGAAGCACGAGCAGCAGCUGGCGAAGCUGCAGCAGAAGCGGGAGCGGGAGCGGACGAAGCGGGAGGAGCGGCGGAAGAAGGAGGCGGAAAAGGGGGAGGGGAAGCGGAUACGGCGGGAUCGGGACCAGUGGAAGCGGUUGUGCGAGCUGGUGAAGCGGGAGAACGAGAUCUUGAAGGCGCAGGUGGAAGAGUUGCAGAGGGAGAAUACGAGGAUGGUGACGGUGUUGGGGCGGUCGGAAGAGGGGAAGGAGACGUUGAAGAGGAUGAGGGCGGAGGGGUGGGGGGCGUUGGAUGGGAAGAGGAAUGGGGGGAGAGAGGGGGGGAGUAUGAAGAGUGGGAAGAGUGGGAAGCUGGGGAGCGAGAAGAGCAAGGACAGCUCAAAGGAUUGAAGGCAUACUCCAUGCAAACGGAUCCCGUUCUUUCAAUGAAGGAGAAUUUCUAGCCAUUGGCGCUUGAUACAUGGGACUUCAAGCCCAAAUGCAGCUCGUCGAUACGCUCGUGGAGCACGCGAUUGUUUCAGGGCAUAAAAUAUCCCCCAGAGGUUUACGAAGUCGACUCGAUAUGAUCAUGAUGCAAGCUGGCUUCAUAGAGACGAUAGAAUUGGGUAUCUAAGGCGAGAUACCAGACAUGUAGAAUAACCAAGUUCAAUGAAAGAUGUC